CAGCUCGUAUAAAUCUUUUGCCUUUUACUUUCCAGUUAAAAAGUUCACAAUUAUUCUUUUAGUAUGGUUUAUAUUUAUUUGAAUUACACACACACACACACACACACGGAGAUAGAAAGAGAUAGACAGGGAUGUUCCAUCUGCUGAUUGACGGCUGGGACGCAGGUAAGCACUUAGGCCGUCCUCUGCUGCUUUCCUAGGCAUUAGUACUAGCAUGGAGCUGGAUUGGAAGUGGAGAAGCCAGGACCGGUGCCCCUACAGGGUACUGUCACCAUCCCAGGCUGUGGGUCUACCCACUGCGCCACAACGCUGGCUCUGGCACUUAGGACUCUACAAGCAAGCAUGAAGCCUGUUUUUAAAAAAAGACCUAUUUAUUUCUUUGAAAUUGUUGCAAAGAGAGGUUUUCUUUUCUACAAAAUAAGGGUAAUCAGACAGGUCACAUAGUCUGAGUAAGCACUGAAGGAGGUCAGCAGUUGGUGCAGCUGCAGCUGAUCCCAGCCUAGCAGGGGUUCUUUGUUUACUCUGACUUCAGAUUCUCUUGCUCUCUCUGAGUUGAUUGGAGUGCAGGUUCUUGUAGUCAGUUCUAAGCUUCAGGAAAAAUUGUUGCUCUGAACUAUUGCAUGGGAUAUUCCUUCUGACUUAAGAUACAAAUGAACAGUUCACAGCCUUGUUAUAACACAAUUACAAAGCAAGGUUAUUUAUUUCCAUAUGAUAACCCAAAGUAAUGCUGUUUUGUUGAGGAGGUUAAAAUAGAUGAAUAUCAUUGUGGAGCAAAUGCUGUGUGUUCCUUGUUCGUGUCACAGUUGCUCAGUUUGAUAAGAGAUAAUCUGUUAAUUCUGUUUGCGUUGUAAUCGGAAAGUGGAGCCUGCAGCAAAUGACUAGAGAUUUUUCACCCACUCCCCUAAUCAAGUUUUCACUUCCUCCAAUUUUUCUCAUGGACUCAUGUAAUGUAAUGACAUUGCUUUGAAAUAAAGCAAUAGCUAUCAAACUUUAGUUACUUUGGGAGAAUGAUUAAUUAAUAACUCCUUACAGUGAGGGUAAAGACAGACUUCCUGAAUUGCAGUGGGCCCCAGACAGAUGGUUCUGCCCCCGCCUUGUGAGACAACAGCAAGGCGGACUCACAGCAGCCACAAAAUCUACCCCAAGUGCCCCAGCACUGCGAGGAAUAAAUUUCUGUUGUUUGUAGGUCACACAGGCGGUGAGUAGCAGAGACAAACGUCACAGCAGGUGAUUUGUAACGCUGAGUUCCUGUAUUAAUCAUUAUACUACAUCUCCUUACUCUGUAAGCAAAAACUGGAGACCAGAAAGGCAGAGAUCUUACAAUAUGCAACGACUCUCCUUGAUCUAUCUUCCAUAGAUAGGCAAAUUUUUUUGACUUGACAUUCAAAAUCUGCCAUGGCCAGUUCAGUUUGCCUUUGGAACUGGUGUCCUGCACUCUAUCCAGGCUCACCUUCUCAUCAUGUUACGAUUCUGUGUUUCCAUUUAAUAGGCGUAGUCAGUUCUGUGAACCUGUGGGCAUGAAGGAAGCAUUGUGGUGUGUUGGCUGUUUCAUGGAGGGCAUACACCUUGGAAAAAGACGAAUCUGUUUUGGAGUCCUGUCAGCUCUGCUGAAAGAUGUGAAAAUUGGAUCUAAACGUUGGUUUUCCAUUUUGUAUCUAUCUCAUCUUAAAAACAACAACAACAACACCAGAAAUAGGGAUAAUUGACUUAUUGUGAAAACUAAAUAAGAUUCCAUGUCUGACUUAACGACUACUUACUAAAAUCAACCGCUUUUAUCUAUGUUACAAAUUCAGCAAAAUAUACCCAUGAUUCACAAACAAAUAAAUUUGUGAAGUUGCAACAAAAAUUUGUUCAAAGUCCAUGGUUUUAAGCUGCGUAGACGUAACUUAACAGGGAACCUUGAGGGUCUAUUUUAAAGGGAGUUACCAAAACUGAAGGAAGAGUCAGAACCCAAACAGCACUUGCAUGAAAUCCAAUCUUGAUUCCUAGACCAGCUCUGAGCUUAUGAAAAAAAUGAACGUAAGACAUCAUAUGAAUGGCUUAAUUUGAAUAUUAGUAAAAUUUUAAAACAUAAUUGUUAACAAUUUUAGAUACCAAAGUUAUUUGCUGUUGGGAUUAAUUGAAUAUUAUGCUCAUCGUGAGACAAAGCGAAGCACUCUUGGCGUUCAGCUGUGUCAAAACGCUGGCUGUUGUCAUGGAAUAUUAGUGCUAAGGAGCACGUGAAAGGCUUAGCUCUGGUUUAGGUCAGGUUUGAUGUUAGCAUGGUAAUUGUAGAUUUCAGAGUUGGAAAUGAGGUUUAAAAAGAAAAAAGCUGGAUUGUUAAAGAGUUGUGGCCUUUCUUUGGUAAUCUGGAAUCUCCCUGGCUCUCAUCUGUGCAGACAUGCAAAUGUGGUGUAGGAUACUCCGUCUACCUGCUCAGCAAGUACCUAGAGUGCUCUGAUGGUUUGUUCUCCGGGUUUAACUCUAGGGAUUUGGGGGUAAAGAGUCUGUGUUCUCUGAGGUUUUGAACUCGCCUAGAAGUGGCUAAGAAAGAUAGGAAAGAUAAAUGAGCUGAAUGACUACAAUUCAGCCCAACAAGAAUGGUUUCUUUUCUUUACCUUUGCAUAAUUUUAAAGAGAGAUGAGAUUUCACUUAUCUUUUUGCUUGUUGUUGUUCUACAGUUGUUAAAAUUCAGUGGGUGUUACUGGACCGUUCCAAAGUUGAGAAUGUUCAGAAAAGCCUUCUUCUAGGGGUACUUCUGUGGUUUCUUCUUUGCGACUGUGUUUUGUCUUCUGCUCCCCCAUCUGCGUUUUGCAGUGUGCACUCUCUUGAGGUGGAGAUAGAAAUCUGCUUGGAAGAUCAGUUUUCUGGAUUGGAACAGUACUGCGAGAAUUCUGCUUUUGUUUUCUGUGUAUGUCAGCACUAGGAAUGUGCUGUGAUUUUGCAGCUGCCUUAACCUCGAGUGGUGUUACUUCAGGAGUUCUUUCAGAACGUCUGCUAGGAGUCUCUUGAAUGAUGAGGCAGGAGGGGUCGCUGGGGCUGGAGGAGUGGGCUUGUGCAGGGCUCAGGCUCUGCAUCCGGGACAUGCAGACCUUCCGGCCUCUAGACCGUGUAUCUCUCCCAGUGGGUUUGUCCUCCUUCCCAUUUGAGCCUGAUUUAUGACUGUUGCGAUGAGACUGUUCAGCAGUAGACCCAGAGCCUUGGGAAGAUGGCCCUUCUAUGUACUGGUUUUUAUGAGGGAUCUUUUCCUAAUGCGUUUGCUGCUUUGACUGAGGGGUAACAGAAUAUCUGUCCUGUAAUGAAGCUUUUUUGCUUUAUUGCUUUUGGGAGACCACAGAAAGAGAAUAGCCACAUCUUAGUCAGGCUUUUUAUAAAUGUUUUCUUGUUUUGACUAUCCCAAAGUUCGACACUUGAGAAUAGAUGUUCUCUGAAGGCCAGGAUGUGGCUUGUUCAAUUCACCCAUGCAGUGUGAUCCUGGCGUGUUUUGUUACAAGUACAGCCCUACAAGGCUGGCCACCGAGAGGUGGCUUCUAGAUAGAAAGACUAAAGAGUGUUGUAACUAGUUCAAAAUAUAACUAUUGUUAAUAAAUCCUCAUUUUGGGAGCAAAAGAAUUGAUAUUAGAAAUGCAAGCUAGCAUAAGGUAGAUUACAUUUGCUGAGAUACAUAAUAGCAACCCUGGGGACUUUUCUUGAUAUCUAGGUUUACUGUUAUUCUUUGUUAUCUGAUUAAGAUUUAAAAAAAAAAAGUGUUCCCACCUUCAAAUUUCUAACCAAUCUAUUGGGUGAAAGAAAAUAAGAGGGUUCUGACUGCCCGCACACAGGGAAAGCCAGGAUCUAGUCCUUCCCUCUCAAUUUACAUGACCACAGGGAAAUUGAAACCUGGGGAAGUUAAACGACUUUGCUCUGGGAGGGAGGACGGCCGUUGGCUGGCAGGUUCCUGUUUGAACUGGGGACCAUCUAUUUGGUUACCAUUGAAUGCCUUGGUUUCUGCUGCCUGUUUGACACACGAUCCUCUCAGGUAAGCUUUAGCAGCAAAUGCUGUUGUACCCCAUCCCUUAAUCUCAGGUAAUUGUCCACCCCCUUCCCUCUUCCCUCUCCCCACCCCCAUUCUCCAUGCAGUUGCCUGGUGUAAAGGCAAAUUCCUCCCGAAACUCAGGUGUAAACAAUCCUGGAACUCCGUGGCGUGGGGGUGGGGAGACAGGAGCGUGGGUAGUGGUGGGCGAGACAUCUUGCAAGGGAGCAAAGAACUUUGUGUAAACCUGACUGUGUGUAACAGCUGCUGGGGUUUGGGGAGAGUGUAGAUGUGGCUGUGGCUUCCAAGACCAAAGAGAAUGUUUUAGGAAAAGACAAAAAGUCAGUUUAACAAGUUUUCUAAAAGCUUACCAGUUUUCAAAGAGCUCACAUUUAGUUGGAACCACAUUUCAUUAUUUGUAGAAACAACAAGACAAAACAAAAACCCUUGCUCAAGAAAAUAUUUACUGUAGCCACGAUAGAUAGAGCAUGUCUCGAAUUUAGUAUUGAAAUGUUACUACUGAUUCUGGUCUUGGUGGCUAAUUAGGAGAAUCUUUUGAUAGUAAGCCAGAAGCUUUAAAAAAUCUUUGUUUUGUAGAAUCCUGAAAGGACCCAGUUAUUUGAUGUUGCCAACUUCCGUUUAAGUAACAUUAAAACUUGCCAAUCUUCAGUGUUUAUAAAAGUGUUUUUGCACUGGUACAGCCUGGUGCCUUAAAAGUUUUUUACGUUAAUACAUCGCACCUGUAAGUAUUGUUAGCUACUGUUUCCCAGUUUCUUUUUCAUGGAUAAUAAGUGUUCUUCAUAACCAAGAUGAUCACCUGUUGUUAUAUUGAAUGCGCUCUCCAAGGGUGCAUAAGCAACCACUCCAACGCGGCUAUAAUUCCUGUUUGCUCCUGGGCGGUUGCCAGCAGGGAGUAAAGCAUUAUGGGAAGUCAUUUCUUUACCUUCCACAACAGGUGUCUUUGUCUGUGCACCUUAGUCACAGAACAGUGUGGAAGCACUGAGUCACUGUAGCAAAGACGAGUAUGAAAGCAAGAGCAAUUGCUUUCACAUCUAGAAAACGGUGCUGCAGGAUCAGUGUGAAACCUGGUGCUAGUGGGUGCUUGAAGAGCUUCACAGAACGUCUCGAAGUGCUUCCGAAGCCAUACCAAGGAAAGGGACCCUCCAAGAAAUCUCAGAGAGGAAAAAGAAUCCUUAUUAAACUUGAGGAGAGAAUUUUUUAACUACCGAGAAAUUGAAAUGGCUGCCAUCUCUUUUCUAAGAAUUUGAAGAAAUAAGCACUAUAAGAGUGUUAAGAAAUUCUGCGUUGCCAAGAAGAAUCUUCAUAUAAAUAAAACUGAAGAUGAAAUAUUAAUUUUUAAACCAGGAACAAGUGAAUUUUUGUUUUUCUGUCUUGCUAUGGAUAUUUUUAUUUAAGAAACCAUUCUUUUUUAAGUUUAAAGAAGAUUUGCAAAAAGUGACUUUUCCAUCUGCUGUGUGCGGAAUGCAGAAGGUGUUUGCAGUGUACACUUCCUGCAGAGAUAACAGACUCAGCUUUCUGCUGGGGCUGAAUUGCUAGACAAACCUGUGAUAGCAGCUGCCUUUUUUCCUUCCCCCUCUUUAUCUUCUCCUUUCUGGAUUUGUGACAUUCGGCCCCCUCCAGCUCAGGUGGGCGUGUGCACUGGCACUGAACUGCCUUCUCCUUGGAUUGUCUGGUCGGGAGCUGGGGCGGCGGCAGCUGGCAACAUGAUGGAAGAGGUCUCCAUUCUGGUAGCCUAUGACGCUCACGUGUUCAGCCAGCUGCAUGAUGAAGACUUCCUGAGUAGCCUGGUGGCCGUCAGCAAGCCCAGGUCCCUGGUCCCAACCAAAAAGCUGAAGAAAUAUGAGAAAGAAUAUCAGACGAUGCGAGAGAGUCAGCUGCAGCAAGAAGACCCCAUGGACAGGUACAAGUUUGUAUAUUUGUAGGUAACUCCAGCUGUUGCAUUUAUACUGAGAAUCUUCAUAAGAAGCUGAGAGAAGGAGAGGGAAAAGGAAAGAAAGUGGCUUUCUGCUUUCAAAACUCAGGAAAAAAAAAAGAAAAAUGGCAAAGUAUGGUUUUAGCAUUGCAUGAUCACAUCCUCAGAGACUUUUAGAAGGUGAACUAUUGCAAGACUGGCAAGAGAAUGUUUUGUAAUUAUUUGUGUGUGUAGCAAAUGUUAACAAUGCAAACUUAUUUGGAAAGAAAAAUAAAAAUCCCGAAGGUGCAUCAAGCAUGUUAGUGGUGUCUGUUGCAACACUUGUUUCCACAAACUCGUGAAUGACGGGGAUGUUUGACUCUAGCAUGAAGUUUCAGAGUCCAGAUGAUUUCAGCUGAACGUCCAAUUUAAUUGUGGUAUUUCUUUUACAAAGUGGGUUGUUCGUGGAGUCAGGUCUCUUCAGUGCCAAUUAGCUAUGCUAUUCCCAAGGAUUUGGUGUGUCGGAAGAUACCGUUUUCCAACUUACUUUUCCAAAGCAAAAUAUUAUUGUCUUUCUUCAACCUGUUCUGAUUUUUCUGAUUCAUGCAGGUGCAUAGCAGCCCAUCCUCUUUGCACACCAGCUGGCUAAUACAACACAGUAUUCUAUUUCAGCAGUAAGAACCAGUGCCAACAUCCUGCCAGAGCCCUGGGUAAUAUUGUUGGUUGGGUCACCCUCUGUGGGUUGACAUUGCCUUUGUGCAGCAGCAUUAUUUACAUGGUCAGAAAGCUGAUAUGGGUGGCACAGGUGCACCGUGCAUCUCUGUUGCUUUAGAAUUAAGUGACAUGCUUGAAUGUAGAGGAACAUGAGGAAAGAGUAUGUAGAUUUUGCAGUCCAGCUGAGUUGAAAUGUUGGCUUUCUACACGAAAGAGAAUAGAAUUUGAAACACCUGUGUCACUGCUGAGCAUCUUGUCUGUUUGUGGAGUCCUUUCCUCAUCUGUCCAGCGUGUGAUGUCCUUGAGGGAUUUGCGUGAAGAUGAGGGUUGCUGGAUGCAAAGUCCUUGGGACAAAGUUGGUGCUGAGCAAAAGAUUAUUACUAGUUCUAUAAGGCGUACCACUAAGAUUUACUCGACAAGUGCAGGCUCUGCCCCUACAGUCCGUUGAUUAAUUUCCUUAUAUUUCUUAUAUUUCUCCUGAGUAUGGCAACUGAAUAACUAGCAUCAUUGUUUAUCCCUUUGUGUAUAUUACUGGCUAAUGAAUGAAUAAUAAAAUUCUGCACACUGUUGUGGUAGAUAAUUACACAUAUGAACAGAAAGUAUGCUAUUAGACAAGGUUUGAGGCUAAUUUCACCACCCACUGUCCCCUCAGUGGAGCCAGUUUUAAUGUAAGUCAUAUAGCGUGCUUGUUGAGAAGGGCUUCAAAGCAGUCGUUAUGAAGAUUAUUAAAGAUUCAAGAUGAAGUCCUCCUGCUGCUGUAUCAUUCUUAAUUUUUAUUGUUGCCAUCACUGCGAAGAAUGCUUUAUUACUUGAAAGCAAACUUGCGCAUUUGGAAUUAGACUAGGACUUGUUGCUAUGGACUAGGGUUUGUUUUGGACAAGGCAGGUAUGUAUGAAUAGUAAUGUGUAUAUUAUUUUUAAACUACUUAGAACAUGUAAGAUCAUUUGUGUAAAAGUAGAAAUAAAAUAUGUUGGUGUUUUUUGGGGGUCGGAUAACACUUUUGAGUGCGAUGAUCUCACCUGUGCUUGCUAGACAAAGUAUGUGUCUCUUCUGGAUGAUUUCAUAGCUUUUUCACACAUUGCCUGACCAAUGUUUGUGCACUUUUUAAAUAGUGUCUAAUUUUUGGCAAAAUUACUCUGCUAUAAUUAGAAUUACAUCUGCCGAAUGGUAAUUGAUAACAUAGUUUCCAGCCAUCAACAGAUUGAUCCUUCAGAUGAGAUCAUCACAUAGUUCAAGAAGCUAACUGUAGUUACCUGAUGGAAGCAGCAGGUGUCUGGGAGAAUACCUUUUAGAAUUUCCUAAGUUUAGUGCUGUCAUGAAUAAGAUCUCUAACCUGGGAAUGAGCCUGACUUUGGACUAGGAAUCCAGUUAACAUAAACUCUUAAAAAUAACUCAAGAAGACAUUUGAAGGCACUGAGGACUUGCAUUAAUUCUAUU